UUGACUCUCUUCUCUCUCUUUCUCGACACUUGUAAAUCUCUCUGCUUUCUCUCUCUAGAGCCAGAGCUUGCGCUCCCUCUCUAAUGGCGGAAGCAGAACCCUAGGCUGCUUCUUCUCCACAUCUCUCCUAUCUUCUUUAGCCUUGUUUUAUGGGGAAAACGGAGAAAAUGGCCUACUUUCCCAGCUUCUUUUUUUCUUUAACUACGAUAUUUAUCUUCUUUCUCUCUCUUCAAGCCUCACCGUCGCCGUCAUCGUCUCCGUACAAAGAAACCCUUCAGCUUAUGAACUUCAAAUCUGCUCUUCCGGACCCUAAUGUUCUUCCCAACUGGUUUCCAAACCAAAGUCCAUGUAGCUUCCAUGGCGUGACUUGCAGAGACGACAGGGUUUCUUCCAUAGACCUCAGCUUUGUCCGUCUCAGCGUCGGUUUCAGCGUCGUGGCCUCUUCUCUGAUGUCUCUCGGUGGAUUGGAGUCUCUGUUUCUGUCGAACGCGAACAUCACCGGCUCCAUUUCUGUGUUCAAGUGCUCCGCCUCCCUGACCACCUUGGAUCUGUCGGCUAAUGCUCUGUCGGGUCCUCUAUCGAGCUUGUCGAACCUGGGUUCCUGCUACGGCCUGAAAUUUCUCAACCUCUCGGGCAGUUCCCUCGAUUUUUCUGGGAAAAUUUCAGGUGGGUUUAAGCUGAAUAGCUUGGAAGUUCUCGAUCUCUCCUCCAACUCGCUGUCUGGUCCAAACGUUGUCGGCUGGGUCCUCUCCGGCGGCUGCGGAGAACUGAAACGGCUGUCGAUUAGCGGGAACUCGAUCAGCGGAGACAUAGAUGUGUCUAGCUGCGGAAAUCUGGAGUUGCUCGAUGUUUCGCGGAACAAUUUCUCUUCGGGCCUUCCCUCCCUCGGCAAUUGCUCGGCUCUGCAACACCUCGACAUCUCCGGCAACAAAUUCUCCGGCGACAUCUCGCGCGCAAUCUCGUCUUGCACUGAGCUCAGGUCCCUGAAUCUCACCACCAACCAGUUCUCCGGACCCAUCCCUUCCCUGCCGCUGAACAAACUCCGCUACCUCUCUCUCGCCGGAAACAGCUUCAGCGGCGAGAUCCCGGAGUUCCUCUCCGGCGCGUGCGCCACACUCGCCGGGCUCGAUCUCUCCGGCAACGACCUCUACGGUACGGUACCCUCUUUCCUGGGCUCUUGCUCUCUCCUGGAAACGCUUGAGCUCUCGAGCAACAAUUUCUCCGGCGAGUUGCCGAUGGACACUCUUAUCAGAAUGAACGGGUUGAAGGUGGUUGAUCUGUCUUUCAACGAGUUCUCCGGUGUUUUGCCGGAAUCCCUUUCGAAUCUCUCCGCUUCUGUGCAGACACUUGAUCUUAGCUCCAACAACUUGUCCGGUCCGAUACCGACCAAUCUGUGCCGAAACCCUAGGAAUGCGUUGAAAGAGCUUUACCUUCAGAACAAUGGCUUGACCGGACACAUCCCUGCAACUCUGAGCAACUGUUCCGAGCUCGUGUCGCUUCAUCUGAGCUUGAACUACCUAACCGGCUCCAUCCCUGCAAGCUUAGGCUCUUUAUCAAACCUUCGAGAUUUGAAGCUAUGGCUGAAUCUGCUCGAAGGAGAAAUCCCACGGGAGCUGAUGUACAUCCAAACACUCGAGACUCUGAUUCUCGACUUCAACGACUUGACAGGGGAGAUUCCUUCCGGUCUAAGCAAUUGCACCAAUCUGAACUGGAUUUCGUUGUCGAAUAACCGGUUAACCGGUCAGAUUCCCCGUGGUUUAGGCCGGUUAGAGAAUCUCGCCAUCCUCAAGCUCAGCAAUAACUCUUUCUAUGGAAACAUCCCGUCAGAGCUCGGAGAUUGCCGGAGCUUGAUCUGGUUGGAUCUCAACACCAAUUUCUUCAACAGUUCGAUUCCCGUCGAACUGUUCAAACAGUCCGGGAAAAUCGCAGCGAAUUUCAUUGCCGGAAAACGGUAUGUUUACAUCAAGAACGAUGGCAGCAAGAAGCAGUGCCAUGGAGCUGGGAACUUGCUUGAGUUUCAAGGAAUCAGACCAGAACAGCUCAACAGGCUUUCUGCAAGAAACCCUUGUAACUUCACCAGAGUCUAUGGCGGCCAUACCCAGCCAGUAUUCAACAACAACGGUUACAUGAUGUUCCUCGACAUGUCCUUCAACAUGCUGUCCGGAUUCAUCCCUAAGGAGAUCGGUUCGAUGCCCUAUUUGUUUAUUCUGAACCUCGGCCAUAACAAUCUUUCGGGUUAUAUCCCCGAAGAGAUCGGGGAUUUGAGAGGGUUGAACAUUCUCGAUCUGUCGAGCAACGAGCUCAAAGGAGCAAUCCCUCAGACCAUGUCUGCGCUCACCAUGCUCACGGAGAUCGAUCUCUCCAACAACUUGUUGUCGGGACAGAUUCCCGAGAUGGGUCAGCUCGAGACUUUCCCGCCCGCAAAGUUCAUGAACAACUCGGGUCUCUGUGGUUACCCGCUCCCCCGCUGCGACGCAGGGGACGCUGGCUCGAGUUCUCGUCAUCAGAAAUCUCACAGGAGACAAGCUUCUCUGGCGGGAAGCGUGGCAAUGGGGUUACUGUUCUCCUUUUUCUGCAUUUUUGGGUUGAUCAUCGUCGGUAUAGAGAUGAGGAAGAGGCAGAAAAAGAAAGAGGCAGCUCUGGAGAUGUAUACCGAGGGGCAUUCGAACUCGGGCACGGCCAAUACUAGCUGGAAACUGACCGGCGCCCGGGAGGCAUUGAGUAUCAAUCUCGCUGCUUUCGAGAAGCCCUUGAGGAAACUGACCUUUGCCGAUCUUCUAGAGGCAACGAACGGAUUCCACAACGACAGUCUCAUCGGCUCUGGCGGGUUUGGGGAUGUGUACAAGGCGCAGCUGAAAGACGGAAGCAUUGUUGCGAUCAAGAAACUCAUCCAUGUGAGUGGACAAGGGGACAGGGAGUUCACGGCCGAGAUGGAGACAAUCGGGAAGAUCAAACACCGAAACCUUGUCCCUCUCCUAGGUUACUGCAAGGUUAAGGAAGAGAGGCUGCUCGUUUACGAGUACAUGAAAUACGGAAGCUUGGAAGACGUUUUGCACGACCCAAAGAAAUCGGGCGUGAAACUGAACUGGGCGGCGAGGCGGAAGAUCUGUAUCGGAGCAGCCCGAGGACUGGCAUUUCUCCACCAUAACUGCAUUCCUCAUAUCAUACAUCGAGAUAUGAAGUCGAGCAAUGUGUUGCUGGACGAGAAUUUGGAGGCUAGGGUUUCGGAUUUUGGGAUGGCGCGCUUGAUGAGCGCCAUGGACACGCAUCUGAGCGUAAGCACGCUGGCGGGCACGCCAGGUUACGUCCCGCCUGAGUAUUACCAGAGCUUCCGAUGCUCGACGAAAGGAGAUGUGUACAGUUACGGGGUCGUUCUUCUCGAGCUGCUGACGGGGAAGAGACCGACGGAUUCAGCGGAUUUCGGGGACAACAACCUCGUAGGGUGGGUGAAACAGCACGCGAAACUGAGGAUAAGCGACGUGUUCGAUCAAGAACUGAUGAAGGAAGAUCCGGGACUGGAGAUUGAGCUUCUGCAGCAUCUGAAAGUGGCGUGUGCUUGCUUGGACGAUCGGCCAUUUAGAAGGCCGACGAUGAUACAGGUGAUGGCCAUGUUCAAGGAGAUACAAGCUGGGUCCGGUCUGGAUUCACAGUCCACCAUCGCCACAGAGGACGGAGGGUUCGGUUCUAUCGAGAUGGUUGAUAUGAGCAUUAAAGAAGUUCCUGAAGGCACGCUAUGAUCAACUCCGACAACCUCGAAAACUCGAUCAGUUUUCGAGUAGACGACAGAUUCUUUGGACAAAGAACCGAGCGAAGAAGAAGAAGAACCGAUCUGGGUCAGAGCAAUUUUUUCCAUCUUCGUGCCGAAAUGUAUGUAUCUCGUCUGCAAUUUAUAUACGUAAAGGGAUUAUCUUUUUUUUUGUUCUCUAUAUCAAUCUCUUAUUGUGUUCCGAAUAUGUAAAUAUACAGUUUUUUUUUUUUUUGGAUUUGCGAUGUUUGCUUCAAGUAAGAUCCACUGGCAAGAAUCUUGAAAGUGUAUUUAAGAUU